CGCGGGGCGGGGGCCGGGGGAGAGGCGGGGAGACAGAACCCACAACAAAACUUGGCGGCGCUGCGCGCGCGGCUCUCCUUGAAUGACAGGAGCCCGGCGAGCGCGGCGGACGCCCGGGAGCCCGUUCCGCCCGCGGCGCGGCGCGCAGCAGCAGGUAGGUGCUGGCAGAGGCCACAGGUAUCCGGUCCCCUGGAGCUGGUGCUCCAGGCCCUUGUAAGCCAUCCCACUGAGUGCUGGACUCACAUCUACAAGUGGAGUGCUGCUCAUAACAGAUAAGCCUGUGGAUUUUUUAUGGAGACAAGCCAAAGGUGAGGGAGGAAAACCAGCCUGUCCAGCACCAUGGCCAGCGGCAGGGGCCUGCCACUCCUGCUGCUGUUGCCGCAGCUGUUCCUGGGCCCCGCGCUGGCUGUGAGGGCACGUGAGGUUGGCCGAGGCGGCACCCGAGGCCCCAGCCCCGAGGAAAAUGAGUUUGUGGAGGAGGAGCAGCCCGUGCUGGUCCUGAGCCCUGGGGAGCCCGAGCCAGGCCCGGCCACCAUCGACUGUCCCCGGGAGUGUGCCUGCUCCCAGGAAGGAGUUGUGGACUGCGGUGGCAUUGACCUCCGUGAGUUUCCAGGCGACCUGCCGGAGCUCACCAACCACCUCUCCCUGCAGAACAACCAGCUGGAGAAGAUCUACCCCGAGGAGCUGGCGCGGCUGCAGCGGCUGGAGACGCUGAACCUUCAGAACAACCGCCUGACUUCCCGAGGGCUCCCAGAGGAGGCAUUUGAGCAUCUUACUAGCCUCAAUUACCUGUACCUGGCCAACAACAAGCUGACACUGGCACCCCGAUUCCUGCCAAACACCCUGAUCAGUGUGGACUUCGCUGCCAAUUAUCUCACCAAGAUCUACGGACUCACCUUUGGCCAAAAGCCAAAUCUGAGGUCUGUGUACCUGCACAACAACAAGCUGGCAGACGCUGGGCUGCCGGAAAACAUGUUCAACGGCUCCGGCAACGUGGAGAUCCUCAUCCUGUCCAGCAACUUCCUGCGCCACGUGCCCAAGCACCUGCCACCUGCCCUGUACAAGCUGCACCUCAAGAACAAUAAGCUGGAGAAGAUCCCUCCCGGAGCCUUCAGUGAGCUGAGCAACCUUCGGGAACUGUACCUGCAGAACAACUACCUGACAGACGAGGGCCUGGACAAUGAGACCUUCUGGAAGCUCUCCAGCCUGGAGUACCUGGACCUGUCCAGCAACAACCUGUCCCGGGUCCCGGCCGGCCUUCCCCGCAGCCUGGUUCUGCUGCACCUGGAGAAGAACGCCAUCCAGAGCGUAGACGCCGAGGUCCUGACCCCCAUCCGCAGCCUGGAGUACCUGCUGCUGCACAGCAACCAGCUGCGGGCCGAGGGCAUCCACCCGCUGGCCUUCCAGGGCCUCAAGCGGCUGCACACGGUCCACCUGUACAACAACGCGCUGGAGCGCGUGCCCAGCGGCCUGCCCCGCCGCGUCCGCACCCUCAUGAUCCUGCACAACCAGAUCGCGGGCAUCGGGCGCGAGGACUUCGCCACCACCUACUUCCUGGAGGAGCUCAACCUCAGCUACAACCGCAUCACCAGCCCGCACGUGCACCGGGACGCCUUCCGCAAGCUGCGCCUGCUGCGCUCCCUCGACCUGUCCGGCAACCGCCUGCAGACGCUGCCUCCGGGCCUGCCCAAAAAUGUGCACGUGCUCAAGGUCAAACGCAACGAGCUGGCCGCCCUGGCGCGCGGGGCGCUAGCUGGCAUGGCCCAGCUGCGGGAACUCUACCUCACAGGCAACCGACUGCGGAGCCGGGCCCUGGGACCCCGUGCCUGGGUGGACCUUGCUGGCCUGCAGCUGCUGGACAUCGCUGGGAACCAGCUCACCGAGGUCCCUGAGGGGCUCCCCCCGUCUCUCGAGUACCUGUACCUGCAGAAUAACAAGAUCAGCACCGUUCCUGCCAAUGCCUUCGACUCCACCCCCAACCUCAAGGGCAUCUUUCUCAGGUUCAACAAGCUGGCCGUGGGCUCCGUGGUGGAAAGCGCCUUCCGGAGGCUGAAACACCUGCAGGUCUUGGACAUCGAAGGCACCUUUGAGUUUGGUGACGUUUCCAAGGACCGAGGCCACAUAGAUGAGGAAGAGGAAGAAGAGGAGGAGGAGGAAGAGGAGGAAGAGGAGACGAGAUAGAAGCAGAGUGACACAGAUCUGACCCAGGACGAUGGACCACCGGACUCCUUUCUGCAGCCGGGGCCUGUGCCCCAGGAGUGUCCACUUCUGACACAGCCAACGCUGAGCCCAAGGGGCUUCUGAACACCACAGGCUGAGCACAAUCUUGUGUCCCACCCUUUUCCGGCAAUGAGUAUGUCACAUAGCCAGACACGUGCAGAUACUGCUUUACGACCACACCCCCAGCUUGGCCACACAGAGAGCUGACUGCCCAUGACCCUCCAAACCAGCUCUCUGCACAAUCACACACACACACACACACACACACACACACACACACACACACACACUUUGACCUCUGAGUCCACACUGGCCUGAAACACUCAGGCAGCUCCCUUCCCCAGUGUUCACAUACAAAGAGUGGCCUAUGUCACCAAAAGCUCUUGCUUCCAGCCACUUAGGGCUGUAAUGGUCAGCCAUACCCCUUGUCCUCUGUUCUCCCCCUUGGGGACUCAGGGUUGUCUCCUUGCUCUGAGGCCUUCUGAGACUCACAAAAGCUGGCUUUUGUUUUGUGCCUUCCCUCUGGGGAGCGCAUCUUCUGCCUUCCACCAUGGCCUUCCCCCACCUAGGUGCUGGGCAGUCCGACUGCAGGGCACCCCUUUCCUGUUGUGCCCUGGCAGGUCACGGGCAUUUCUGAGGAGAAUCUCAAGAAGGUGUGGGAGGGGAGGCAGCUGUGCGGGGCGGGUACUGGAUCAGGGGUGGCGGUGGCGGCAGCUGCAUUGGUCUUUAGUUCUGCAGAGAAGUUCUGGGUACCUUUGGUUUUCUUUAAAGAGGGAAAAAAUAUGAGGAGAUUUAAAAGAAAAUAUCUCAAAGCUGAUUUUUCCUGUUACAGAAAAAUUAAUAUAAAGCAUUACCUCUGUCCUCGCA